AUGACGUUCCUUCCAUGCUACAAAUCGACAAGAGACAUGAAAAGACCUUGUAUCAUUUCAAUACUUGCCUUAAUUGUUGUGAUUACACUCUCAAUUAUAAAUUUUAAUACUUUCACCUUAUCCCGUCAGGUGAUUUUUUCUGGAAUAGAUGAAGAAAUUUCAGGACCAAAAGAGUACUUUGCGGCCGUUGUUGAAUACCAUACAGUCGGAGAGGAUGACAGAAUAUCCCUCAGAGAUUUAAUGCUUAAGAAUGUGGACGAAUACGAACUUCUUAUAAAAAAUGCGAGCAGACUGAACGUGGAUAUAAUUGUCUUCCCUGAAGCGGGACUUACAGGGAUUUAUUUCAACAGAAGCCGGUUGUAUCUCAGUGCCAAUUUGGUUGAUGUUCCAAGUCCACAUCAGCAUGUCACGCCAUGGAAACUUCCGCGUGGAGCUUCUCAUGAGGUUCUUCGAAGAAUAUCCCAUGCGGCCCACUUGAACAAAAUCUAUGUGGUCAUCAACUUACUUGAAAAAUUUAACUGCUCCCUGCAAUCUGACUGUCCAGUGGAUGAAUUCUUAUUUUACAAUACCAAUGUUGUCUUUGAUCGGCAGGGUUUAAUCAUCGCAAGGUAUGAAAUAAAUUUUAUGUUCACCUCUUUAAGUCUAUUUUCAUCCAAUCUUUUUCUACCUUUGAACAGGUAUCGCAAGUCUCAUUUGUUUCGUGAACCUGAAUUCAGCGCUCCACGACCAACAGAAAUUAGCACUUUCAAAACAGAUUUUGGUGUUACUUUCGGUAUGCUUAUUUGUUUUGACAUCCUUUUUGAGGACCCUGCUAUUCGAUUGUUACAAGAAACACAUGUAAAGGAUAUUAUCUUCACGUCUGCAUGGUACUCAAAAUUGCCAUUCCUGUACGGUAAGCACAAAUUUUACCCCUCCCUAUAGUAACCAUUAAUCGGGAUGUGGUACC